AUGGCCACACGGCAGGCGGAUCGAGCUCGAGACCGGCGGAGGGCUGACACCGCUGGGUCGAACUCCGCGGAUCGUGCUGAACUCUUUCUGCCCAGCCUUGACCUCUUCGUUUUGGAGGUGCACCGUGCUCCACCGAGGCGGGUGAAGGAUGCCACCGGUGAUGGAGGAGCCGUGCCGUCGGCGGACUUGCGAUCGAUGGAUGCCAGUGCGGCGACCGAAAAAAGGAAUCAGAAUGCCUUCCUGCUGAUCCACGGAUGGACGGUGGGACCCCUGCUACUGGAGUUCACGGGUCGAUUGCUGGAGACGUGUCGAACGGCCAAGACGGUGUCGCAAGUCGCCAGCGAGACGGAGGCCCAUGAGGGCCCCUUGGCCAUCACUCUGCGCGAUGCCACUUAUGUGGUGGCGGAAGCUGCUGAGUUGGAGGAGUUGGAAGAGGUGUUCGCGUCGAAGGGGGAGCAGCUUUGGUCCAUCUACCGCGACUCCCAAGCUCCGUUCAAGAUCCCUUCGGAGCAAUGCACACGCUGCCUGGAGCUCUGGGAAGCGAUGUGUAGUGAGACGACGAUGAGCAAAUCGUUGGGGCUUCUGUUGAAGGGCAUUGCGCUCUCACCUUUGUUGACCUCGAUCACCUACCAUGCACGUUGGAACGAGCAGGGCUUAGAUCUCGGUCGCCAGGAGUUCCCGUUGGAUUUCCGGGCAUUCAGUGGCGAGGCCUUCCUGCUGAAGACGCUUGGGAGGAUAUUCCAAGAGCUUGGCAUUGGCCAAGUUCAGUCCACAGGAGAAGUGACCGUGUCGCCCAGAGGAUAUUUGGGGCUACAAAGGGUCUACUCUUACUACGUGCCAUCCUCCUACGCACCCUUGCUUUCUCGUUUCCCUCAUGUGCUCUUCGAGAACCCUGCGUGGGGCUUCAACGCUGAGGCCGAGGAAGAAGACUCCGAGAUCCACGUCGAUCGAACGUUGAAUGUCGUCGGCAGCGGGGCCCAGCACACGACCUUGUUCAAAGAUUUGCUAGGUCAUGUGAAUCAAGUCUUUGACAACGAAAAAUUCACUGAACAGCCAGACUUUGUGAUAGACACUGGAUGUGGGGAUGGCCAUUUGCUUCAGUGCAUUUAUGAGCAUGUGCGUGACCACACUCCGCGUGGGAAGGUUUUGGAAGAGCAUCCCCUGGUGAUGGUGGGCGUUGACUUCAAUGAGAAGUCGAGAAUUGCAACGGCCUGCAACCUGGAGAAACAUCAAGUGCCCCAUCGUGUGAUUGCAGGCGACAUUGGGAAGCCUUCAGCUUUGAUAGCACAGCUGAAAAGAAAGAAGGUCAAUCCGAAGAAGUGUUUGCACGUACGCUCCUUCUUGGAUCAUGAUCGUCCCUACAUUCCAGCCAGAGAUCCCAUUUUGCCCGAAAGCGCCUUGGCAGCCUUCGUUCGAGCUCAGUUGGCGGACUUUGUGCAUUUGGAUAAGGAAGGCGCUCCCAUUGCUCCUUUGGAGCUUUUUGCAUCGCUUGUUGAGCACAUGAUGCGCUGGGGUGAUGCCAUGGAAGGUUCCUUCGGACUUUGCAUGCUGGAGGUGAUGCAGUUGGACGUCCCAACCACUCGGCGUUACCUGAAAGAGUGUGUCUCGUUCCAUUUCGAUAUCGUCCAGUGCCUCUCUAGGCAGUACAUGGUUUCUGCUGUGGCUUUUGCUUUGAGCUGUGCAAUGGCUGGACUUUUUCCUACGGAUUGUCGAGCCGUCCAGACAUAUCCCGAAGCGGGAGGUUACUGCCGAAUGAUGAACCAGCACUUGGUGCGAAAGCCUUACAGGAUCCGGCUGGCGGAGGUGUCUGAUCUGCCUGCGCUUGAGAAGCUGGAGCAAAAAGCCUGGGCACCUUCGCUACAAGCGAGUGCAGAGGUCUUGCGGCAACGCCUUGAGAGAAGCUUUGCGAAUUUCCUUUGCGAGUUGGACGGCGAAGUGGUGGCGGUGUUGUACACCCAACGGAUUGCCAGCGUCGACGCGGUGGAUUCCCAGAAGUUCAUGGAGAUCUCCGCCUCUCACGACCCCCAUGGAGCCGUGUUGCAACUCAUCGCCAUCAGCGCGGACCCCGACAUC